ACAUGUUUUAUGCGCAAAACUAUAUUUUUAGUUCUAAGUACUAAAUUUUAAAAUGGCGACUACUGUACCUCCGAAACAUUUAUACCGAGAAGCAAUGGAGCAAGUUCAUACUUACAACUCAAAGUUACUACUUGAUCGAAGACUACGCAUGCCAUAUAUUGACAACCAGACAGGACUUGCUCAACAAGAUUGUCAUUUGUGGGUUAGUCGGGUGCAGCGCUGUGCCCCGCUACGAGAUGGUCAAGUAUACAGCUACCCGUCAAGACGAUGGAGGGUGCGAAAAAGACCUGAUUUUGUUGGCUCGUCUAAAAAUGCUGACAAGCCAAAAACUGAGGAUGAUACUCCUGAAGAGGAGAAGCCGACAAGCAGUGUGAUUAUUGAAGAACAAAGUGUUAGUUUUGACACAUCGAGUCAAAACACAACAAGCGUCUAUGAGGAUUAUUAUGAGGAAGAACCCUUCGAUUCAGAAUUUGAUAGCGAUGAAGAAUUUGGAAGUCGACGGAAAAAAAGAAAAAGUGCGAAAAUGAAGGGGAAAAAGAAUGCUCUAGCGUUGAAGCUUGCAGAUAAAAUACGAACAAUCACGAAAGAAGAGUUGAAUAUGAUGCCCGCAGAAGAUAGAAAGAAACCUUAUGAUUGUCAAAUUUGUGGCAAGCGUUACAAAAACCAACAAGGCCUUCGGUAUCACUACGAACAUCACAACCAUGACUUGGAAGAGGUGGCACCGCCACCACAACCCACUGAAGUACCAGUGCUUCAUCAGUCAGGUGAUAUGCCGCCCGCUGAUCACGUUGCAGGUGCAAAGAGAAAAAAAGGAACACCACCCAGUUCAUAUUGUGAUUUUUGUCUGGGAAGUGCUGAGGUUAACAAGAAAAGUGGUUCCUCUGAAGAGUUGAUCUCUUGCUCAGACUGUGGGCGUUCCGGACAUCCUUCCUGCUUGCAGUUUGAUGCGAAUCUCACUGAACAAGUGAAGAGAUACAAAUGGCAAUGUAUUGAGUGCAAAUGUUGUUGCUUAUGCGGAACUUCUGAUAAUGAUGAGCAACUGCUGUUUUGUGAUGCGUGUGAUCGAGGCUACCACAUGUACUGUUUGCGUCCACCACUCACAGAAGCUCCCGCAGGAAGUUGGCAAUGUCAAUUAUGUGAGGCUCGUGUAAAAGGUCUUGAUAUUUCAAAAGUCGCCGUUUUGACUGAACACAUGGACGUUGUAUUAAGAUAAACAAAUUACAUAGAAACGAAAACAAAUAAGAUUUCCUGACAUCAAAAGGGGAGUAGCGGAAACUAUGUUUAUUGUGUGGAAGAUGGAAAUGAUGAAGAGUCAAAUCUAAAAGAAAGAGGCGCACAUGUUUCGGAUGGCGAUUGAACUCAAUUAAUCUGCGCAUACUGUACUUUUUUAUUGAACAAUAGAUUGAGCUCACUUCAUGUGCGUGCUUUUUAAAACUUCUAAAAAUGCUCGUAAUGUUUCACCAAUAGCCUCUGUGGAGGCGUGUAAUAUGACUCUUUGAAAAGAAGAUGUUUUUUAUUAUUUGUAUUUCAUUUUUAAAAAAUUAACAAAAUGAAGUCAA